AGGACCCUCUUCCUCCUCCGUCGUCUCUUUCCAUUCCGCAGAAGUCUGGGAGGCACAUUGGAGGGACGAGGAAGGCGAAGGGUUAAAGCGAGCGAGGGGGAGUUCCUAGAGAGGCCUGGCAGAGGGCGGGGCUUGAACUGCCUGUGGCCCCUUCCCCUCUUUCCUUCCGGCCACCGCAAAAAAGAACCUUUGCUUUCUCCGCCGGCGGUAGCCUCAUCAUCCUCGUCCAGGUCAAUGAGGCUGGAAGCACUGGAGAAUUCUGGGAAAGAACUGUGUGGAUAAUGGUGAGUGAGGACCCCACUAGCUCAGCUGCCCAGCGCCAGCACUUCAGGGAAUUCUGCUACCAGGAGGCCAGGGGCCCCCAAGAUGUUUGCAGCCAGAUCCACAGCCUAUGCCAUCAAUGGCUGACUCCUGAAAAACCCACAAAGAACUAGAUCCUGGACCUGGUGAUUCUGGAGCAGUUCCUGGCCAUCCUUCCCCCGGAGCUGAAGAGCUGGGUCAGGGAAUGUGGAGCAGAAACCAGUGCCCAGGCAGUGGCCCUGGCAGAAGGUUUCUUGUUGAGCCAGGCAGAAGCCAAGAAGCAGGAAGAGCAGAAGAUGGCGAAAGAAUGACCCUGGCUCUCCCUUCCAGGCCUUCUCCUCUUUGUGGUGGGGUGGAGACAGCCUCCAUGCAACUGGACCAGGGCACAGUGACCUUGGAGGAUGUCACAGUUUACUUCACGGAGGAGGAGUGGGCUCUGCUGGAUCCAGGCCAAAGGGCUCUGCACAGAGAAGUCAUGGAGGAAAUCUUCGGGCAUCUGGCCUCUCUGGGUGGCGGAGGCGAGAGUGAGAGAGUGGGUGAGCCACAGAAAAGGAAAACUGAAACGAAAUAUCAGUGGAUGAAAAAAUCUCCUGCUUCUGAAUGUUCCAGCUUGCAUGAAAUUGCAGUCCAAAGAAAGGAUUUCAGAGGAAAAUCAAGCUUUAUUAUGCAGAAGAAAAAAUAUUGGGGCUCAGAAGGCAGAAAGAACUAUAGGUACAGCUCAAAACCUAUCCUAUACCAAAGAAUCUACAAAGAGGAGAAACCAUAUCAAUGCUCAGAAUGUGGAAAGUGUUUCUUUUACAGACAUGUCCUUACUUCACAUCAAAGAAUCCACACAGGGGAGAAACCAUUCAAAUGCUUGGAGUGUGGAAAGAGCUUCAGCCGGAGAUCAUCUCUUACUUCGCAUCAAGGAAUCCACACAGGGUAUAAACCAUAUCAAUGCUCAGAAUGUGGGAAGUGCUUCUUUUACAGACAUGUCCUUGCUUCGCAUCAAAGAGUCCAUACAGGGGAGAAACCAUAUCGAUGCUCAGAAUGUGGAAAGUGCUUCUUUUACAGACAUGUCCUUACUUCCCAUCAGAGAAUCCACACAGGUGAGAAACCAUAUCAGUGCUUGGAGUGUGGAAAGAGCUUCAAACACAGCAAAAGUCUUACUUCUCAUGAAAGAGUCCACACAGGUGAGAAACCAUAUCAGUGCAUGGUGUGUGGAAAAAGCCUCAGCAGUAGCUCAGCCCUUACGUUCCAUCAAAGAAUCCAUACAGGGAAGAAACCAUAUCAAUGCUCAGAAUGUGGAAAGAGCUUUGUUCAGAGGUCACAUCUUACCUCCCAUCAAAAAAUCCACAUAGAGGAGAAACCAUAUCAGUGCUCAGAAUGUGGGAAGAGUUUCCGUCACAGACAUGACCUCACUUUGCAUCAAAGAAUCCACACAGGGGAAAAACCACACAAAUGCUUAGUGUGCGGAAAUACCUUUAGCCGGAGCUCAUAUCUUACUUCCCACCAAAGAAUCCACACAGGGGAGAAACCAUAUCAGUGCUCAGAAUGUGGAAAGAGUUUUGCUCAGAUGUCACAUCUUACUGCCCAUCAAAGAAUCCACACAGGAGAGAAACCGUAUCAAUGCUCAGUGUGUGGAAAGAGUUUUGCUCGGAUGUCACAUCUUACCUCCCAUCAAAUAAUACACACGGAGCACAAACCAUAUCAGUGCUUGGUGUGUGGAAAGAGUUUCUUCCAGAACUCAAAGCUUACUUCCCAUCAAAGAAUCCACACAGGGGAGAAACUAUAUCAGUGUUCAGUGUGUGGAAAGAACUUUGCUCAGAGGUCACAUCUUAGUUCCCAUCAAAGAAUUCACACAGGGGAGAAACCAUAUGAAUGCUCAGUCUGUGGAAAGAGUUUCGGUCACAGACAUGACCUUACUUCUCAUCAAAGAAUCCACACAGGGGAGAAACCACAUAAAUGCUUAGUGUGUGGAAAUACGUUCAGCAGGAGUUCAUAUCUUAUUUCCCAUAAAAGAAUCCAUACAGGUGAGAAACCAUAUCGCUGCUCAGAAUGUGGAAAGAGUUUUGCUCAGAUGUCAAAUCUUACUUCCCAUCAAAGAAUCCACACAGGUGAAAAACCACAUCAGUGCUUAGUGUGUGGAAAUAACUUCAGCCAGAGCUCAUCUCUUACUUCUCAUCAAAGAAUUCACACAGGGGAUAAACCAUAUCAGUGCUCGGUGUGUGGAAAGAGUUUCUGCCAGAACUCAAAGCUUACUUCCCAUCAAAGAAUCCACACAGGGGAGAAACCGUAUCAGUGUUCGGUGUGUGGAAAGAGUUUUGCUCAUAUGUCACAUCUUAUUUCCCAUCAAAGAAUCCACACAGGGGAGAAACCAUUUCAGUGCUCAGUCUGUGGAAAAACCUUCAGCAGGAGCUCAACCCUCACUAAUCACCAAAAAAUACACACAGGAGACAAACCAUAUCAAUGCCCAGUGUGUGGAAAGAGUUUUGCUCGCACAUCACACCUUACUCGCCAUCAGUUGGUCCAUACGGGGAAAUCCUUAUAAUUGUUCAAAAUAUGGGAACUACUUUUGUUGCAGAAAAGCUCUCACAUUGCAUCAAAAAAUUCACAUAGGGAAGAAGCCAUAUCAGUGUCUGCUGUGUAUAAAGAGCUUCAACCACACAGCAAAGUUCUAUGAACUUUAGAGAAUCCUCACAGGGAGGACUGAUAUCUGUUGACAAAUCUUCUGGUCCAGCUGAUCUCUAAACAAACAUCAAGGAAUCCACACACCGUGGAACCUAUAGAACUAUUCAGAGCUUGUCAGACCUUUGGCAGUGGCCUAUCUAUCCUCUGAGAUUUCUGCAGUCCCUACAUUAAUAUUUAGGUAGAAAAGCUGUCUCACUAAAAGACCUUUCUGAGUGAAGUUUGGGGCUUGUGGCUGCUGUGCAGGAGUAGCCAUAGAAAGAGGAUAGAGGAGCAAGAGAGGGGGAGGGGGAGAAAAAUGACACCUCACCAACAAAUCGAAAAUAAAAAAGGGGGAAGAACUCCCAAGGUGCUGGUAGAUUUCCAGCAAAACAAACAUGAUGAUUAAUUUUAUCUACCCAACAAUUGCCGCUGAAGAAGAGCACUGCCUUGAAACUUGCCAGACAACACUAAAACUAAUUUUAUGGAAGUAUAUCAAUAUAAAUAUUGAGUAAACCUACCAGCACCUUGGGAAUUCUUCCCCCAUUUUUUUGUCAAGGGCUAUAGAGGAGCCCAUGGUCUGCCUAGGUGGAAGGGGUCUCUUUAUAAACUUGACCAUCUGAUUGCGUAACCAAAUAGCAGUGCUGCUUAGGUUUCCCUUGACUGAGAAGCUCACCCCAGAUUUUAGGUGAGGGAUUGCAGACUCCUUAGCAGAAGGCCUGUUCUGUCAAGAAGCUGAAGCAAUGCUGAGAUGGAGCCGACUGGAAUAAAGAGGCCACUGACAGCAUUGCGUAGUGGGGAGCCAGGCUGGAUCCAGACUAGAACAUAGACAAAUUCCAAGCCCGGCUCAACCCUGAAUACAAUGGAGGGACCUCAGGCAAUUGCUAUUCUGCAGUUUGACCUAAUGCACAGGGUUGUGAUGAGUGUAAGGCAGAAUGGAGAUGCCAUGUAUCUACGCUCCUUGAGUAAAAUGCAGUCAUAUGUAGACUUUGGUCAUCCAAAAACCUUUAGUUCCAGAAGUAGAUUCAGAUGCUUUCCAUUUUGCCUUGUGUUCUAAAAAGUGUUAAAAUGGCAAGUUAAGCUGCCCAUCAUAACUCAAGGAACUUUUGUUGAAAAGUGUUAUGCAAAUAUACACACUUGGACAAAUGCGUUGGUACCCCUCCACGAAAAAAGAACUCACAAUUGUCUCUGAAAUAACUUGAAACUGACAAACGUAACUGGCACCCAUCAUUGUUUGUUCCACAUUUAACAAAAAUCAGACUUUGCUUUAGAGUUUCUAUGCAACAGAAUAUUUCAAAUAAUCAAACAAAUGAAAAAUGGCAUGGACAAAUAUGAUGGGACCCUUAACCUAAUAUUUUGUUGCACAACCUUUCGAGGCAAUCUCUGCAAACAAGCGAUUCCUGUAGCUCUCAAUGAGUUCUGCACCUGUCAACAGGUAGUUUGGCCCACUCUUCCUGAGUGCUCCAGCUGUGUCAGGUUUGUAAGGUGCCUUCUCCAGACUGCAUGUUUCAGUUCUUUCCAUAGAUAUUCGUUAGGAUUCAAAUCAGGGCUCGUAGAAGGCCACUUCAGAAUAGUCCAAAGUUUUGUCCUUAGCCAUUCUUGGGUGUUUUUAGCUGUGUGUUUCGGGUCAUUAUCCUGUUGGAGGAUCCAUGACCUGCAAAUGAGACAGAGCUUUCUGACACUGGGCAGUACGUUUCACUCCAGAAUGUCUUGAUAGUCUUGAGAUUUCAUUGUCCACUGCACAGACUCGAGGCACCCCGUGCCAGAUGCAGCAAAGCAGCCCGGAAACAUAACUGAGCCUCCUCCAUGUUUCACAGUAGUAUGGUAUUCUUUUCUUUGAAAGCUUUCUUUUUUCAUCUGUGGACAUAGAGCUGAUGUGACUUGCCAAAAAGCUCCAGUAUUGUCAUUAAAAAGCCAAACUGGAAUUUGCUAAAAUGCAUAUUGACAAGCCACAAUGCUUCUGUGAGAAUGUCCUUUGGACAGAUGAGACAAAACUGGAGCUUUGUCUAUGCCAUUUUCAUUUUUGUUAUUAUUUGAAAUAUUCUGUUGCAUCAAAACUCUAAAGCAAAGUCUGAUUUUUUGUUAAAUGUGGAAUAAACAAUGAUGGGUGCCAAUUACGUUUGUCAGUUUCAAGUUAUUUCAGAAAUAAUUGUGGGUUCUUUUUUUGUGGAGGGGUACCAACACAUUUAUCCAUGUGUAGGUAGUAGUAGAAAACUUCCAUAUAGUCUGUAACUAUUUUGUACCGUCCCAUAUAUUAUGCUCCCUUCAGCCAUGUGGUUACACAGCAGCAGUAGUGAGGAAAAUUCAGGACUGCUAGUGAUCAGUUUGACGGGAUUGAAACCAGUUUGCCCCUGGUUUCCACUUGAAGGAUAGGCAGGAAAAGAGGGGCUCUGGUGGCGAUCUUUGAGGGGGCAGUGUUUGGGGAAGCUGGAGCCAGACAGGGGUGCAGGCAAAGCAAGGACCAGAAAUAUUUUUAGGAGGAUCCCUCUGCUGUAGUUGCCCUGUUACCAUUGACACACACUUUUCAAAGGCAGCCUUGCAUUGUACUAAUAAUAUCCCUGUGUGUAGAUAGAGAAAGAUUCUGUCGCUCUUUAUGUGAGGGAGGAGUGGAGCAAGAGCCCUUGCCAAGAAUUGCAUAGUGUAGCAGAAAAAAUAGAGCUUGUUUCCAGCACUAUACUGAACUAGUCUUUGGAACUCACUGCUACUCUCUAUAGUAGGCCUGUGCUUUGGCAAAAAGGUGGCCACUCGCAGUGUAGGUAUAUUAGUGCAGUACCAAAUGGCUUCUGGUGUGAGUGAGGGGUUCCACUACAGGAAUCUGAGCUGGUGCUGUCCCAACAGGUAGCCGUGGGGAGUAAUGGGAUGGGCAGUUCUCAGAGCACUUUCCCCAUGGAGAUGUCAAGGAGAGUACACAGAGGAACUACCCCUCCCAUCACUGCCUGUGCAACCGCAUGCCACGCCCUGUCCGCCAUCCCCACUGGAAGGGCGUGAUACUGUGUAGAGAGAGCCACACUGUGAGUGAUCACCUCUGCAUGGCAUCAGCAUGAUGGUCAUCUGUAUUCAGCCAAAGCACAGGCUGCUACAGCAUAGCCAUAACCCAGAAGAGAGGCCGGAUCUUUGAGGGAAUGUACAGCUCCCAUACACUUGUCAGGCAGGAGGAGAUGGAUUCCAGCGGCAGCCUAUGGUUUCCAGCUUUUGCCUUUUGGACAGCUGCCCUCCUGUUUGCUGGGGGACUGUGCGGUUGGGAACCUGAGUCCAGGGGGUCAGGAAAAAGAAGACUCCAGUCAAGGAUCUUGUUUUUUGUGAGGUGGGUGGGGAGUGUCAGUCCUUCAGUGUUCUCUCCCAGAGCAACUCUGAAGACCUUUCUGGACUGAUGGAGCUACCACCUCCUUCAGUAAUGUUGGCUUGAGGCUCAGCAAGGAGAGACUUCGCUGCUUUGGGUGGAGAUUUGGAGUUCCUGGCCCCACCAUCCUGUCAUGUAUAGCCUAUCAUGUACAGCUCACUUCUCACAGGCCUUUGCCUGUUAAAAACUUGCCUUAUUUGAUUCUGGAAUUACAUCCCAUAUGAAAUGAAUACCCCUGGUGUUAAAUGAAAUUCAUCCAAGGGUUGUUCCAAUCAGUAAAGAUCGUAUGGUUAGUUUCUCCCAGAAUGUCUGAUUUUUAUUGUCAAGUAAGAAAAGGGCAAAAGUCAAAACACUGGCUUAGAUAGAGCUGAGGUACAUCGCCUCAAGAAAGGUUGCAAGACUGACUUGCUUUUGACGUUAAUUAAAUAUUACAACUUUAUUUGUUGGCCACCCCCUCAGAAAUUGUACUCUGGGCAGCUCACAAGGUAAAACAAUCAAAGCAGUCUACAAUAAAAUACAAAAGUGUUUUUAAAACAAGUUUCAAAAGUCACGCUUUAAACAGCAAAAAAAACCCUCUCUUUUGGAGUAGCUUACUGUACUUGCAGCUUCUAAUUCAGGGUCAGCCUAGCUGCUCAAGCAGUUCCCAAACUGCUUCCAUACAAGGCCUUCUCCUUUCUGCAGACUUCCUUGGCUGCCUUAAAAAGCAGCUAAAGACCACCUUGUUUGUUCAGGGCUUUAGCCCUUAAGGGCUGCUGGUCUCUCUGCUCCAGUGUUCCUUCUAACAGGGAUUCUCAUUGUUGACUACAACUCCCCAUAAUCCCCAGCCAAAGGCCAUUGCCUCACCAGCUGGGGAUGCUGGGAGUUAUAGUGAACAGCAUCUGGAAAUCCCUGUUAGAGGAAACGCUGCUCUGCUCUCCUGAGCACUUGCCAGAUUGGACCCUACAAUAGUGUCACGACUUGUCCAUUAAGUGUACUUCCAUACUGCCUGUGUUUCAAUAUCUCAGUCCCUGCACUGUCAGCAAGGUGCCUUUUACCUUUCGGAUGCCUUUUAUAACCCCCCCCCCCUUGGGAUAUGUUUUAUGAAAGGUGGUGUAGAAAUCAACCUCUAAAAGUUAUGUAUGUUUUGAUUCUUGUUCUUGGGGUCAUUUCAAGCUUAAAUACAGAUUUAUUUUGGUA